AUGGCUACCUCAUCAUCUGUUCGUACGAUGGAAACUCCAACCCCACGAAUAACUCCCGUGAAUGAACCUGAUAUCGAGCUCGAUGCGCUGCACCCGCAGCUUCAUCAAACGCAUCCAGCAGAAGCAGGUUUCUCCCUCCCGCCCGUUGACGGAGGAAAAGACGCAUGGUUAUUCCUCUUCUCAGCUUUUGUCCUGGAGAUCCUCACCUGGGGUUUUCCCUUUGCAUUCGGCAUCUUCCAAGAAUACUACAGCUCGAACCCGCCCUUUGCCGGUUCCCGGAACAUAACCCUCAUUGGAACAUGCGCCUUGGGCGCUGGGACUGGUAUCGGUGGUGUAAUAAUUCCCCUGCUCUUGCAGUACCUCUUGGGAAGAUACGGCUUUCGCACUACCCUUCGUGUUUGGACUGCUGUCCUUUUCGUAACCACCCUUCCCUUGACCGUAUACGUCAGGCCGCGUCUUCCCAUUGCGCAAGUCACCAACCGCCGAAGGUUGGACCUGUCAUUUGUCCGCAACAAAUCAUUCCUCCUUCUCCAACUCGGCAACGUUCUUCAGGGGUUCGGCUAUUUCGUACCGUCCAUCUAUCUCCCUACCUUCGCCAGAACCCUCGGCGCUUCGAGCACUGUCUCCGCCGUCACGCUCAUCUUGGUCAAUGUCGCAACUGUCUUCGGAAGCUUAACCAUGGGGGGAAUUGUGGAUCACUGGCACAUUACAACAUGCAUUCUUCUGUCAACCGUUGGAUCUACGCUCUCUGUUUUCCUACUUUGGGGGUUUUCUACAAACCUGUCUCUUCUCCUCGUCUUCUGCGCUGCGUAUGGGUUCUUUGCAGGGAGCUAUGCGACGACGUAUCCAGGUAUCAUGAAGGUGCUGAGUAAAAGCGAGCGGACUACUGAUUCGACAAUGGUGUUUGCGUUGCUGGUAGCUGGAAGAGGUAUUGGAAAUGUGGCUUGUGGGCCGGUGACCGAGGCUUUGAUUACAGUAGGAGAAAUUGGAGACAGGGGCUUGUAUGCGAGUGAGUAUGGGCCGCUUGUAGUCUUUACUGGUAUCAGUGCUGCGUUGGGGGGCGUGAGCUAUUUUGGGAGGACUUUGGGGUGGUAUUGA